AUGCGUCAACUAAUUUGCUUGAAGACCUUAAGUGCAUAUAUUGUCGGUGAGCAGGAAGGGUUCUUAUUAGAAGAAGUAGGAAAUUUGAAACUUGAAGGAACACUCCACAUUGAGCACUUGGAGAGAGUGAAAAGCAUGACGGAUGCCAAAAAGGCCAACUUGGCUGAUAAGCGCCUUAAUGAAUUGGAGUUGUCUUGGGAAAGGAAUGAGCAAUCCCAAUUACAAGAAAACGAGGAGAAAAUUCUUGAAGCUCUUGAACCUCAUGCGCAACUUAAAAGUUUGGUUGCAAGGGGAUAUCUUGGCACCCAACUCCCACAAUGGAUGAUUAAUCCUACGCGUCUGAGCUUGUGGGACAUGAAUCACGUGCAAUAUAUAGAUGAGGAAUCUUAUGUUGAUGGGGUUGACAGAGGUUUCCAAGCUCUGGAAGAUCUACAGCUGUCAAGGCUACAGAGCCUUGUAAAGUUGUCAAGGGAGGAUGCAGACAGCAUGUUCCCACGUCUCUCAAAGUUGGACAUCACUCAUUGUCCGCAACUAAACUUGCCUUUCCUUCCCUCCGUCACUCAACUACAAGUUACAAAUGGAUGUAGCAGGGCGUUAGUUGGUUCAAUUCAAAAUCUGCCCAAUCUUGAACGCCUUGAUUUGAAUGGAGAUGGAAAGUUGACUUCCUUUCCAGAAGAGAUGCUAGUAGGCCUUGAGCACCGCAAACAUCUACGAUUUUCGGGCUUCGCAGACUUAAAGUUCUCCCAACUGGACGCGCCAACUUGA